AGCAGCAGACACAAGGUUUAACUUUGUAGAGCAGACGCUCGCUGCAGCACAGUCAGUGCGCUCGAGCGGUUUACCGGCGCGGUCUUCACUAUUAUGGAGCGGCGACACUGGUCCUGAGGAGACAUUUGACAAACAGCACCUGAGGCCAAAACGAGACCGUGACCGAGUCAUCACACAGAGACUUUUAAUAGGCUCAUUUUGUUUGAAUUAACAGUUACAAACGGAUUAUAACAGAAGGUCGGCUGCGGUGUGAUAAACGAAUGAAAAUGGGGAGCCGGGGACACUACCGGUACCACUGGCAAAGCCACAAUGUCAAGCAGAGUGGAGUGGAUGAUAUGGUGCUUCUCUCCAAGAUCAAUGAGGACGCCAUUGUGGAAAACCUCAAGAAGAGAUACAUGGAUGACUUUAUUUUUACAUACAUUGGUCCUGUACUCAUCUCAGUAAACCCUUUCAAACAAAUGCCCUACUUUGGGGAGAAAGAAAUAGAGAUGUACCAAGGCGCGGCUCAGUAUGAGAACCCUCCUCAUAUCUACGCUCUAGCCGAUAACAUGUAUAGAAACAUGAUGAUCGAUCGUGAGAACCAGUGUGUCAUUAUCAGUGGUGAGAGCGGAGCAGGGAAGACAGUAGCAGCAAAGUACAUCAUGGGCUACAUCUCCAAAGUUUCAGGUGGAGGUCCCAGAGUUCAGCAUGUCAAAGACAUCAUUCUGCAGUCCAACCCUCUUCUGGAGGCCUUCGGGAAUGCUAAGACAGUGAGGAACAACAACUCCAGUCGAUUUGGGAAAUACUUUGAGAUUCAGUUCAGUUCCGGCGGUGAGCCAGAUGGUGGGAAGAUCUCCAACUUCCUUUUGGAGAAAUCACGUGUGGUGAUGCGGAAUCCUGGAGAGAGGAGCUUCCACAUCUUCUACCAGCUAAUAGAGGGAGCCAGUGUAGACCAGAAGAGUACUCUGGGUAUCACCAACCUGGAUUACUACACUUACCUCAACCAGUCAGGUUCCUACAAGGUUGACGAUAUUAACGACAAGCACGACUUCCAGGAAACCUUGCAUGCCAUGGACGUGAUUGGUAUCUCAGGGAUGGACCGCACCCUGGUGCUGCAGAUUGUGGCAGGAAUUCUUCACCUUGGCAACAUCAGCUUCAAGGAAGCAGGGAACUAUGCUGCUGUAGAAAAUGACGAGUUUUUGGCAUUUCCUGCCUUCUUGUUGGGCAUCGAUCAGCAUCGUCUUAAAGAAAAACUCACCAGCCGUAAGAUGGACGGCAAGUGGGGUGGCAAGUCAGAGUCCAUUGAUGUAACACUGAAUGUGGAACAGGCGUGUUUUACCCGUGACGCGCUCUCCAAAGCCCUUCACUCCCGUGUUUUUGACUACCUGGUGGAGUCAAUCAAUAAAGCCAUGGUCAAGGACCAUCAGGAGCUGAACAUUGGAGUAUUGGAUAUUUAUGGCUUUGAGAUAUUUCAGAAAAAUGGAUUUGAACAGUUCUGUAUCAACUUUGUGAAUGAGAAACUGCAGCAGAUUUUCAUUGAGCUGACCCUGAAAGCUGAGCAGGAGGAGUAUGUACAGGAAGGAAUCCGAUGGACUCCCAUAGAGUACUUCAACAAUAAGAUCGUCUGUGACCUCAUUGAGAGUAAACUGAAUCCUCCCGGCAUCAUGAGUAUACUGGACGAUGUGUGUGCUACUAUGCAUGCGAAGGGUGAGGGUGCAGAUCAAACGAUGCUGCAGAAGCUCCGAAUGCAGAUCAACAAUCACGAGCACUUUAACAGCUGGAACCAGGGCUUCAUCAUUCACCAUUACGCUGGCAAGGUGUCUUAUGAUGCAGAGGGUUUCUGUGAGAGGAACAGGGACGUGCUGUUCACCGACCUGAUCGAGCUAAUGCAGAGCAGUGAAAUACCUUUCAUCCGUGCCCUGUUCCAAGAAAACCUCAAUGCUGAGAAAAAAGGCAGACCCACUACUGCAGGGAGUAAAAUCAAGAAACAAGCCAACGAUUUGGUGAGCACCCUGAUGAAAUGUACACCUCACUAUAUCCGCUGUAUCAAACCCAAUGAGACCAAGAAAUCUAAAGACUGGGAGGAGAGCAGAGUGAAGCACCAGGUGGAGUAUCUGGGUCUGAAGGAGAAUAUAAGAGUAAGGCGUGCCGGCUAUGCCUACAGAAGAAUCUUCCGCAAGUUUUUGAACAGGUAUGCCAUUUUGACGAAGGAGUCAUGGCCCACGUGGCGUGGGGAUGAGAAGCAGGGUGUGCUGCAUCUCCUGCGCUCCGUAAACAUGGACCAAGACCAGUAUCAGCUCGGGCAUACCAAAAUCUUCAUCAAAGCUCCUGAGUCGCUCUUCCUGCUGGAGGAGACAAGAGAGCGCAAAUUCGACGGUUAUGCCAGAACCAUUCAGACGGCCUGGAGAAAAUAUUGUGCACGCAAGAAAUAUGUUCAAAUGAGAGAGGAGGCCUCUGAUCUGCUGCUGAACAGGAAGGAGAGAAGAAGGCACAGCUUGAACAGGAACUUUGUGGGUGAUUACAUAGGUAUGGAUGACCGGCCCGAGCUCAGGCAGUUUGUGGGGAAAAGGGAGAAGAUCGAUUUUGCAGACAAAGUCAACAAAUUCGACAGGCGGUUUAAGAGCAUCAAGAGAGACCUGAUCCUCACCCCUAAAUCUGUCUACCUGAUUGGAAGAGAAAAGGUGAAGCAAGGGCCAGAGAAAGGGAUGGUGAAAGAGGUCCUGAAGCGCAAAAUUGACGUAGAGAAGAUAACGGCUGUUUCUCUAAGCACAAUGCAGGACGACUUCAUGGUCCUGCACGAGGAGGAGUAUGACAGCCUGCUGGAGUGUGUAUUCAAGACCGAGUUCAUCAGUCUGCUGGCACGCCGAUACGAAGAGAGAACACAGAGAAAACUACCUCUCAAAUUUAGCACCAUGCUGGAAAUUAAACUGAAGAAGGAAGGAUGGGGACCCUGGAAUGCCGGAGGGUCCAGACAGGUGCAGUUCAUCCAAGGUCAAGGGGACGUAGCUGUGCUGCGACCCUCGAGUAAAAUGCUGCAGGUCAGCAUUGGACCGGGUCUGCCCAAAAACUCACGUCCUACUAAGGAGGGCGUCACUCAAAGCCGUCCCAACAUGUCCAGGACGCACCACCACACCCCAACACGAGUCGCACCCGGGCCUCCAGCAGUUGCUCACCAGAACGGAGGGCUGAAGAAUGCAAAUCACGCCGCCAAUCAGAGAAACUCGCAACAUCACAGCAGUCAGAGGCCCACAUCUGGAAACGCGGCCCGUCCGUUUUUGCCUACUAAUGUCAGUCAGCUCAAGGACAGAGGCAGCAGACAGGCACCCCAGCAAACCAAUCUGGAUUUCCUCAGAGUACCAGACCAAGGGGCCGCAGGCAGAAACCGACAACCGUCUGACAAUGGAGGAAUGGCCCACAGACAGUCUACAAACAGGCCCACUCCAGGAGGUGGCCGUCCCAAACCAGCCCCCAAGCCGAAGCCCCAGGUGCCUCAGUGUAAAGCUCUUUAUGCCUACGAUGCCCAAGACACAGAUGAGCUAAGCUUCAAUGCAGAUGACAUUAUUGACAUCAUUAAGGAAGAUGCCUCUGGAUGGUGGACAGGGAGGCUGAGAGGUAAACAAGGCCUUUUCCCAAACAACUACGUGGCUAAGAUCUAACCUCUUCUGCAUUUAAUGAGGGGCGCAGACUUGUUAGAUAAAGAAGGACAAAAAAAAAGCAAAGAAGCCUGAGGUAAUGAAGGAAGGUGUGAGGUGUGCCUCGAAAGCUCUGCGUUCUGGUGCCACGGACACUUGAGACCACACGGGCAGACCCCAGUCGGACACAAAACUUUCCUCCAGGGCGCUGAAUACUGAACUGUCCCUGUGAGCACUGAUCAAACUAUUUAUUGUAUUUAUAUAAUAGCUUUCUACAGGUUAUUUCCGAUGUGGUUUGUUCAUCUGUCAUUGAUAUUUAAGGUGAUCUUAAUUCACUUGAAGAGAUGAAGUAGCCAUUUUAUGUGGGAACAGGCUUCUUUUUUAUUUUGCUUUUGAAAUGGAUCAGUUUUAUGUGUAAAUUAAGGUGUUUGCCUUUUAGAGCCACCUGCUGUUCAUGAGUUUUAUUUUAUUUUAUUUUUUCCAGUUUCUUGAAGUCAUGUCCGGAUCAAUGGUUUUAGUGGGGAAUGUUUUGCUGCUAAGGACCGUUUUAUAUGUUAUUGCUUUUCACCUUGUAAUUAACAGAAACCCAGAUGUAUAAAAUGCACUACGGCUCUUGAAAACCAUGGUUUGUAUGCUUUUGGAGUUCAUAAUCUCAGAACAAUGCUGAAUGUAUCGUUGUGCAAAAGAUGCAGACUGUAAAACUGUCUACAUUUAAACUACAGUGGUAUUCCAAUGCAUUAAAGACACACAAUCAGCACAUUGUUACUGUAUAGUUACAAAAUAUUAUAUUUAUUAUUAUGUUUGACAACGUACAAAUGUACUGGUCAGCUCAUCCACACAAACAUUCACUAAAUGCAGAAUCAGAGGCUGGAUCCGUCAAUAUCUUAAAAAGAAAGUCUUAAUUUCUUAAGGUCUUAAAAAGAAUCUUAAUUUUUGGUACUUAAGACAAGUUGGAGGUUUUCCUUAUAUUACGUUAUCUAUGGUGACUUGUAAGAACAUUCCUUUGAAGAACUUUAAUUCAUAAAAAGUAUUUAGAAAAUACAUAUUAGUAACUGAAAAUGAUUGAAAAUGGCAGUUUUAUUCUUAAAGGAAUAGUUCACCCAACAAUGAAAAUUUUGUCAUUAAUUACUGACCCUCAGGUCGUUCCAAAUUUCUAAGACCUUCAAUCAACUUUUGAUAAAAUCUGAGAGCUUUCUGACUCUCCAUAGACAGCAACGUAACUACCAUGUUCAAAGCCCAUACAAGUAGAAAGUACCUUAUUAAAAUAGUUCAUGUGACAUCAGUGGUUGAACUGUAAUUCUACGACAAUACUUUUUGUGUGCAAAGAAAAAAAAAAUAAUGACUUCAUUCAACAAUUCCAUUUCCACUUUUGUGAAAAUCGGCGGACAGUAAAACGGAAGAGAAGAGUUUUUUUUUUUGCACAAAAAGUAUUCUCGUAGCUUCAUAACAUUACGGAUGAACCACUGAUGUCACAUGGACUGUUUAAACAUUGUCCUGACUACACUUCUGUGACUUGACUGUCGUAGGACCCUUGAUUUCUACUGUAUGGAGGGUCGGAAAGCUCUCAGAUUCCAUCAAAAAUAUCUUAAUGUGUGUUACAGAGAUUAAUGAAUGUCUUAUGGGGUUGGAAUGUUAUGAGGGGGAGUACUUAAAAACUGAAUUUUCAUUUUUGGGUGAACUAUCCCUUAAAUAUUUUGUUGUUAAUUAUAAUGAAUAAUUAGUGAACGAGACUGUUAGAUCAUGCCUUCACGCCAGAUAAUUAAGAUCUAGUCCCAGAUGCCAGAUCCUGUUAGAAAAUAGCCAUUUUGUAUGGUAACAAAACUAGUCAUUAAAGUGGUCUAAUACCCAAAACCGAUCUUAUCUUUUGGUACCCAAAAAUCAUAUUAACCAGCUCUCAGCCAAAGAGUUGACUGAGCAAAGUCAGUGGAGAGCAAGAAACAAAGUGGUGGUAAUAAAAGCAGUUUAUUGAAUAAUCUUAGUUGCAUAUGUUUCAAUGCUCAGACUCCAUCUGACAAACACAAAUCCAACAAGUAGUGUUCUACAUCCCAAAAAUCUGGUUUCAAUAAACAUUUCCACUAAUCUCUCUGAAAAAAAAAAAAAUAUGAAAUGGAUUAUACUGAAUAAUGAAGGGACUGACUGAAAACUAAGAAUAAAAAAAAAAAAAAAAAAAAAGCAAAAUAGGAAUUCAUGGUUGCUCUUGAAACAAAACCAUUUGCAUUUGAGCAUCCUUAACACCCAAGGCCUUUAAAACUUGCCCUUCUUCACUUUGGAAAUUAAACUGAUUACAAGCAUUGUGCAACACUGACAGCAGGUGAAGAGACUUUAGGAUAAAUAUAGUCACGUACAAGCGGUUAUAUUUAAGAGUGUGCACAUAAUCACGGUCAACAUGAAAACACAAGUCAGAAAAUUGUAAUAAAUCUUUGGAUUUUAAUUGAUUCCAGCUUCAAUUUGGCCACCAAGGUAAAGCAAUAUAUAAAAUACAGCUCCAGCAAGUUCAUAAAACCAGUUA